GGAAGUGGUGACCGGAGCGGAAGUGGAGCUGCCGCCACCGCCGCCGCCGCCGCCGCCGAUUCCGGAGCCGGAGUAGGUACUGCCGCCGCCGCCACUGCAGCCGCCGCCGGAGGAGUGGGCUUGGGAAGGAAGCGGUCACCGCUCCUUCGCUCCGCUCGCAAGCGUCUUUUCCCCCCCUGCAGUCCUCCCACGGGAAUGACCAUGGAUAAAAGUGAGCUGGUACAGAAAGCCAAACUCGCCGAGCAGGCGGAGCGCUACGAUGACAUGGCUGCGGCUAUGAAGGCAGUCACGGAGCAGGGGCACGAGCUCUCCAAUGAGGAGAGAAACCUGCUGUCUGUUGCCUACAAGAAUGUGGUCGGUGCCCGUCGUUCUUCCUGGCGUGUCAUCUCCAGCAUCGAACAGAAAACAGAGAACGAGAAGAAGCAGCAGAUGGGCAAAGAGUACCGUGAGAAGAUCGAGGCAGAGCUGCAGGACAUCUGCAACGAUGUUCUGGAGCUGUUGGACAAAUACCUUAUUCCCAAUGCUACACAACCAGAAAGUAAGGUGUUCUACUUGAAAAUGAAAGGCGAUUAUUUUAGAUAUCUUUCUGAGGUGGCAUCUGGAGACAAUAAACAAACCACUGUGUCAAACUCCCAGCAGGCUUACCAGGAAGCAUUUGAAAUUAGUAAGAAAGAAAUGCAGCCUACACACCCAAUUCGACUGGGCCUGGCACUUAAUUUCUCCGUCUUUUACUAUGAGAUUCUAAACUCUCCUGAAAAGGCUUGCAGCCUGGCAAAAACGGCAUUUGAUGAAGCGAUUGCUGAAUUGGACACACUGAAUGAAGAGUCUUACAAAGACAGCACCCUGAUCAUGCAGUUGCUUAGGGACAAUCUCACUCUGUGGACGUCGGAAAACCAGGGAGACGAAGGAGAUGCUGGGGAGGGAGAGAACUAAUGUCUGUCGUGCUUUGUGAUCUCUUCAGUGUCACUCUGUACCCUCCACGUAUAUCCCUUUGUGCGAUAAAAAAAAAAAAAAAAAAAAAAAAAUCGUACGUCGACUUUCAGUUUUUCACAGCCUCAGCCUAGCAAAAAUGGUCCAUGGGAUAGGCAGCUGGUAUUUGUAUCUAAAACUCAGAUUGGUCACAUAAAUGCCACGGCAUUCUGAAGUUUUGAUUUUGAUGAACAUUGACAGGAUUACUGUGUGUUUAAUUUUUUAAAAAAAAACUGAACACUGUGAUUAUGAGGUUUUGUAAUUUAGCAGAACUCUUACUGGUAGAAAACAAAAUAGACCUGAAUUAUGUGUAACUUUUUGGAAAGCUUAAUUCAAUUCAAAACAGUCACUGAAACACAGUUCCAUUGUAAAGUUGUACAGAAAGUUAUAGAGAUUGUAUUGUGACACUGGGACUUGGAGUGAGACACCUAGUUUGGCAUUCGAGUUUCAUGGUAAUUCACAGUGAUUCUGCCUGUUCUGUUCAGGGCUUGUAGACACUUGACCUGUUGGGGCUGUUGCCAUUCAAAGGUUCAUGACUGCGGAUGGCCACAGUGUCUUCCUCUGAGGAUAGUCGAAGCCAGAAAUUAACAUUCUUGGUGGCAGAUAACUGGCUUAUGACACCAUGCAGAGGUCCAGUGCUCACAGACCACACGUGAUUCCAGCCCCUUUCCUACAGCAGCAUGUUACUGAUUGGCAACUUGUGCUUCCAUAGUGGAAUCUGUUUUCCCUGUAACCACGAGCUCAAGAAGGAAAAGAAAAAAGCCGUGUAUCUUAUGAGUGGCCUUAUCUGUUUCCUGGGUAACAUCUUUAAGAAUAAUGUUCUGCAGAGAUUGCCUUUUACUUGAGGAGUAAGUACUCAGUCUUUGGGUUCUUCCUAGCUCGGGGCUUUAAAAUUUUGAAAUCUAAACAUUCUUUCCCACUGUCCUUCUUGACUGUUGACUAA